AGUCCUUAGCUUCCUAUAAAUUUCUUACUAAAAGCUCAAUAAGUUAAAUGAAACCUUCUUAUUGGGUUACCUGAGCUGAGACAAGAGGACGAACUUCCAAAUCCUAAUAAGGGUAUGUGAUCUUUUGGGCGACUAUUAACUGUAUUAGUUCCAAAUCGCCGAUUGCCUGCCACCCUUUUACAGUGGCUGCUCCAAUCAACUGUGGGAUCAUCGAAAUGUACCAUAAGCUCCAUUAGAUGGACCAAGGACUUCACAUUUCCACUAAAUUUGACCAAACUCACCCAGAACUGGGUUUGGGUAUUUGGAACUUGCCUAGGUCUGGCUUUGCUUGCCUUUGGAACUUGUUGAUUCUGGUGAAAAGGCUAUAUGCUAGACACAAUUUCUGCCGAAUGGACACCAUUGUAAAAAAAUAAAUACUCUUUGUUGUUAAAGAUUAUCUGUUGACACUGAAAAGAGCUUUCAUUGUCUGAAAUGAGGACAGAAAUGGAUUCAGAUGGAGAAAGUGAGAGAACUGUGUUUGUGACCGUUGGCACUACUUCCUUCGAUUCCCUUGUCAAGGCAGUUGAUUCUACCCAAUGCAAAGAAGCCUUAGUGAGUAAGGGGUAUACCAAUCUGCUCAUCCAAUUAGGCCGUGGCACAUAUUUCCCAACAAAGUCUUCAGGGGAAGAUGGAGGCCUAAAAGUUGAUUACUUCACAUUUUUACCGAACAUUGCAGGUUUUCUGCAAUCUGCAGCCUUGGUUAUUAGUCAUGCAGGGUCAGGUAGCAUAUUUGAAACUCUACGUGUGAAUCGGCCCCUUAUUGUUGUAGUGAAUGAAGCAUUGAUGGAUAAUCAUCAGAGUGAAUUAGCAGAGGAACUUGCAGAGAGAAAGUUCUUAUAUUGUGCUCGUCCUGAAACACUAGCAGAAACCAUAGAAUGCAUGGAUCUAGAGUCGCUUCUCCCUUAUCCACCAUCAAAUCCUAUGGCAGUAGUUCAAUCACUAAACCAAUUUUUGGGGUUUCUUGACAAUUGAUAACCAAUGCAAGCAUUCUUUUACAUGUCCAUGAGAGAACACUUUAAUACCUACUUCCUUAGAACCAGUUUUCCUGUUCUAUGCUUGGGUUUCUCAAACUUAAUGCCCGUAAUAUUAAUUGCAUGAGAUGAGGAAGCAGCCUAACAUUGUAUUUUGUUUUAAGGGAGAGAAGGUGAAGGAAACUGGAUAUUUGCUAAAUGUGUGGCCUUUGAUUUAAUUGCAAUGUGGACCAGAAGGUUAGGAACUUUAAUUUAAGUAAUUUGAUAACUGAAAAAAUGCAAACCAUAUUGCAUCUUAUUACGAGUGGAGUACCUGUAUUUUAAUGUCAAGGCAUAGCACUGUUUAUGGUUUC